AUGCAGAAGACAACAUACUACGACAACUCCUCAACGCUUUUCGGUGGCUACUCGUCCUACCAGGUGCAGGGAGCGGCAGCGGCAGCAGCAGCAGCCGCCAACGGCUUUGGGGGCUACGAUGCCCCGGUCCCAGUGUCCCAUCACCAGCCGGCCUUCCAGUCGGCUACCCAUCUGGACGUGGAUUCAUACCAGCGCUCUGCCUGCUCUUUACAGUCGUUGGGCAGUAAUGGCAGUCACCAGCAGCAGCAGCAGCUAGCCAAAACCAAGGAGCUGAAUGGCAGCUGCAUGCGGCCCAGCCUGCCGUCUGAGCACCACCCAGGCUCCCAAGUUUCCCCACCAUUGCCCCCCAACCAGAGCAACGGUAAUACUGGGGCUCAGCAGCCGGGGGGCAGUGCUGGAGCCUCCUCGGUUUCUAAAUCAGGCCCCAAUAAGUCGUCUAAUUCCUCCUCUUCCACAUCGUCCUCCACAUCAUCAUCCUCCUCCUCACUGCCCCCCAACCCGACCUUGGCCAAGCACAUCUUUCCCUGGAUGAAAGAAUCUCGGCAGGCGACCAAGCAGAAAAACUGUUCACCCAGCAACAACUCUGGCAACGCAUCAGGAGGAGGUGAGAGUGGUAGCAGCGGGGAGAAGAGUCCUACUGGUGGGUCAUCAGCAUCAUCUAAGCGAGCUCGUACGGCGUACACCAGCGGCCAACUGGUUGAGCUGGAGAAGGAAUUCCACUUCAACCGGUACCUGUGCCGGCCACGGCGCGUGGAGAUGGCCAACCUGCUGAACCUGUCAGAACGCCAGAUCAAGAUCUGGUUCCAGAACCGACGCAUGAAGUACAAGAAGGACCAGAAGUCCAAGGGCCUGAGCUCCAGCUCUGGAGGGCCGUCACCAACCGGCUCCCCACCCCUGCCAAUGCAGUCCUCCGCAAGUUUCCUCAACUCAAUGCACCCCAUGGUAGGGGGAGGCGGGGGAGGAGGAGCAGGCUAUGAUGCCCCAUCUCCGCCAUCCUUUGGCAAGCCUCACCAGGGAGUGUCUUACUCCAUGUCCACUGCCUACUCCAAUGUUCCCAUGAAGGGAUGCCCCCCACAGCAGAAGUAUGGCGCUCCAGACCCGGACUACGGUGACCCCCAUCCCCACCACAGCCUAGUACAGGCCAACAGUGCUGGCUAUGGAACACCCACCAACAUGCAGGCCAGUCCAGUGUAUGUGGGGGGUGGCAGCUAUGUGGAACCCAUGCCUGGCUCUGGGCCCUCCAUGUACGGCCUAAACCACCUCGGCCCCACGCCAACCCAUCACCAAACCAUGGACUACAAUGGCGCGGGGCCCAUGUCAGCCGCCAACCAGCACCAUGUGGGCGGAGGGGGCCCCCAAGGUCCCUGUGACCCGCCCACACACCCGACGUACACAGAGCUGUCGGCGCACCACACCUCGACUCAGGGCAGAAUCCAGGAAGCACCCAAACUCACUCACCUGUAGCAGGUUUGGAACAAAACAACAAUGUAGGAAAUAGUGAAGACGACACAGAACAAGUAACAUGACGUGACUCACUAACAGACUAACUAACAUGUGGGGACUCUACUGCUGCAACGGGACGGCACGAGAGACUAAACGAGAUACUAAAGGAGUGAUCCAGUGGUUUGUCCUGUGCUCUAUAGCCACAAAGGGGAGCAAUCAGUGUUUUGGUGUUGGCCAGCCUCACUAUUUCCACUACUGUCAUCAGUAGCUCCAUCAAGUCUGAUUAGGGCCAGAAAUUUCACUGUCACCUUGGAAAUGUAGUUCAUUUUUUCAUUUUUUUUAAGUUCACAAAAGAAACAUCUCUGCUGUGUAAAAAGAAUGAUAUCAAUAACAGUUGCCAAAAAUAACUGGGACCAAAGUCACUAUCUUCCUCUCUACUGAUAAAACCUCACAUCUUCUUACAGUGCACUCUUAUGUAAAAUGAAGAAACAAAACCCAGUUUAUUAACUCCCAAUCAGAGAAACAGUUUGAUCAACUUAGAAAUUCAAAACUGUUUAAUGUUUUAGAGUACAUUAUUAGUUGUUGAUUUUUCAUUGUAGAACUCAGUUCAUUUUAUGCACCUUUACAAUUUUUACAUGAACCCUUUUUGUAUUCAAGUCAGGGUGGAUUUCUUGGUCCCAGGGCAGUGAAGCAUAUUGUAGGCAUGGGAGACAAGGUGUACAGUUAAUUGUCCUCCCCACCUCCCAUGGACAAUAAAUGUCAAAAAGCUCGUCUUGCAGCACUGGUGCAGAGACGGUUGUUCAGAGUCAGUAUUCAUUAGUCUGAUAAUUUACUGUGCCGUUAAUAAAAACAAAGAACUGAAAACUGCAAUAUGGACGACUGCAUUCCAGUGUUAGGAGGUGAGAUGUCAGUGACCUUAAAACAUCUCAAUUCUUUCUGUGUAAUAUGUUACAUGUAAUUUACUCAGCAAGGUAAUUGCAGCAUAAUUAUUUACUAGUUACAGAAGCUGCCCUCCAUAGAUUUCUAAUGCAUUACUAAGCUUUUCCAAACUAUUUUUGUGUGGGCGGAGCAAAUUACAGCAGCUAGCAUGUAGUAAAAAAGCCCAUAAUGGCUCUGUUAGAGCUAGUAUGUGGUUGAAAAUUGUACUAUGAUAAUAAACUCCCCCCCCCCUAAGACACACACAUAUACAGACAGCUCUCCCGCCUGGUAAAUGAAAUAGUUGAGAUUUUAAUGGGCAGUUAACGAGGUGGUUAGAUUUAUGACGAUGAGCUCUCUCCCCCUCCAGGCAACACAUGUUGUUGUCAGCCAAGCUGAGCUAUGUGGAGGACUCUUGCUCUCCAUCAACCAGAGAGAGAGAGAGGGAGAACAGAAAUAUAUGGCUGGAGCUGGCAGCACUCUGUUCUCCCCCAUUCCACGAAGUACAUAAAAACCACUGGAUCGUCUUCCUCUCACUGUCUCCUUUUACCUCCUGCCGUACCUGUCUAUGUCCGUCCAGACUGAAUCACUACUAACCCACCGUCUCCUGUCUGUGGCAGCAGCACAUCGCUUCUGAAGGAGGCAAACAUUUUUCUACAAUCCCCCCACAGAAACCCACACACACACACACACACACACACACAUCCGUCACCACACAUGCACUCACCACUCCCAUCACUCUAACAGGGUUUAAGAAGCUACAAGCUCAAAGGCUAAACUAGCUCCCAUAGACUUACACUCAUAUCUGUGCUAAGCUACAUUAGCUAAUCACACCUUCACACACAUCCACAGCCAGGUUACGCCCAGCUGUUGACAUCUUCAAACAAACACGAGAGGACAUGGAAGAGAAAUUUUUAAUGUUCUUAUUUUAGCACAUCAUCGACACAGGGUAAAUAAGAGUGGAGAACACUAUUUAUUUAUGUUUGGGUAAGUCAUUAUUACCCUCCUCUCUCCCUCUCUCUCUCUCUCUCUCUCUCUCUCCCUCUCUCUCUCUCUCUCUCUGUCUUUGGAAGGGUUCACUUACAUUAGCGGACACCAAUGCGUAGCUACAAGUCCAUAUUUUAUAUUGUUUUGUUUUGUUCUCACAUAUCUUGACUUUUAACGUGGAUACAGGGUAUAUAUUUGAACAAAAAUGCAUGUCCCGGAAAUCUGAGCUGAUGUGUAACACACAUUUUUAAAACAACUGGGUUUAAUUGUUUGAACCCUCAGUGAGGGCAGUUUGGGACAAUACACACAAAACCCUCACAGACUUCCAGCCAGUGUUAAAAAGUGAAAACAAGCUGAGCACGGUUGACCCACACUUCCCUCACUGAUGUUCUGCCAAUAAACCUGUCGUACAGUUUUUAAAAGUGCAGAUUUACACAAAUGCUUUUCACAUCUGGGCAUCAUUGUUGCACUUAGAGUUUACAUUUUGAUGGUUAAAGGUAAAAAAAAAUAAUAAUAAUAAUAAAAUCUUAUUUUGAAGACGGAAGGCCCUCCAAUCAAAGCGUCUUUCGCCAAUGUGUGUUCAAGUGAACAUUCAUAUAUAAAUAUUUAUUUGUUAUAGCCCGUUUAAAAAGACUUUCUGUUUUGUAUUAUUAUUAUUUAUCCUUCAUGUAUUUAUAUCGAGAAAAAAUACUGUACUUUUUUAGUAUUUACCUGUUAUGAAAGAAAAAAAAAACAACGUUGUGUUUCUUCUUGUCCAUUGUACUGAAGUUACAUUUUUUAGUUCGUGUAUUUUAGAAGAAAAUAAGUAGUUUUUAUGUUCCUAUAAUGACCCUUGUACAUAAAUGUCUUGGCUUGUACAGGGAAAAAGGCAAGGAUGGGGAUUGGUAACCCAUCCGUGCAUAGUCAGAAAAUUUAGACAAACUAUUAGCUGGAAAAAAGAACAAGUCUUUUUGGAGAAAAACAACUUCUUUCUUUGUCCUUUGUAGCUCCUUUUUCUUUCAUUGUUGAGAGAGUUGUCUGUCGAACAAUUCUUUAAUAAAAUGUUAUGUUAUUCAGA